CAUUCUAAUUCUAGUGUUCGUUCGGCAAAAAACUCUUUUUGAGUUCAAAAUGUUCAGUAACUUUUUUAUACUAUUCAACACAAAAGUGAAGUACCUGGUCAAAGCGGACUCAACAUCUGCGACCAAACAAUAUCGCUGUAGCGAUUAAAUAUCAAAAAAAAAAUAAAAUAAAAUCAUGCAACCGUUUAGAAUAAAAGUAGACCUUAGUUACUUCUUCAGCGACGAGCGGGAGCACGCAUAUGUAUUGAUAAACAGCGCGUGUAAAAAUAUAGAGGAUUUGCAGCACCACAUCCAGAACCUCUUCAAUCUGAGAAAUAUACGUUUGCGGACCAAUUCUGGAUAUUUUCUGCCGCCCAAUGAGUCCCUCAGUGUUGUAAAAGAGGGUGAUGUAUUGAAGGUCUUCACAUUUGAGGAACCGCCGCCCGCCGGCGUUGAGGCAGGAAGCACGAAGACUAGCAACAAGCGCAAGAGGUCAUCCCACAGCCCCCCUUGGGAACCACCAAAGCGUUCUAAGCGGUCUGAGCUGUCUGUGUCCCAAAUUGUACCAGCAAAUGACUUUCAAAUGAAUGAUUCUGCUCUGGAAAUGUUCAAAAACGCUUCUCCGCUAAAGGAUUUGCCAAAAAAGGGCGACACAAUACUCUUCAAGCUAAGGAAAAUCAAGAGUUCCUUGGGCUCUGGACUAACCGGAGUUAUAACUGCCAUCUGUACGUACAUCAAUCGUCGCACGAAAGCCAUUUCAAUGAAUGUGAUUUCAUUUCCUCCACGCAUUCGUGGUGUACUAAGGCAGUACAGUUUGGACGAAUCAAGCGACGAUACACAUUCUUUAAUGGUCAAAAUGUCGGAUAUGAUUGAAGCAAAGUGCCGUUAAUAUAGUUAAAGAUUAAGCUACAUUCUGGUGUUCUA